AGAAAAAUACACACGUCAAAAAUAAUCACUACAUCUUUUGUGACGCACCCAUGAAAACUUUCAGCCAAUCAGGUGAGCCCUCCAGAAUUGGCGUUGUAGCCCGAUGGCAUAAAUAGUGCGGAGUGAGGUGUAAAGGUAUGAUUCUUAUUCCCAAAGGAGAAGAAGCACAAAAGGUGACAACAUGGUUGUGUGGACCGAUCAAGAGCGUGCCAGCAUCAAGGAGAUUUUCAGCAAGCUUAACUAUGAGGAUGCUGGUCAAAAAGCUUUGAGCAGGGUCUUGAUUGUGUAUCCCUGGACUCAGCGGUACUUUGGAGAUUUUGGAAACCUGUACAAUGCAGAGGCCAUCCUAUCCAAUCCAAAGGUCGCAGCCCACGGCGCUGUUGUACUUCACGGACUUGACAAAGCCGUGAAGAACUUGGACGAUAUCAAAAAUGCCUACAAAGAUCUGAGCGUGCUACACUCCGAUAAACUGCACGUGGAUCCUGACAACUUUAGGCUGUUGGGCGAUUGUCUGACCAUCGUGAUUGCCGCGAAUAUGGGAAGCGCCUUCACACCUGAAAAGCAGGCUGCCUGGCAGAAAUUCCUGGCUGUUGUCGUCUCUGCUCUAUGCAGACAGUACCAUUAAGACCUCAAAACAUAUGGACAAACAUUCCAACGUGUAAUGUUUUUGUCUUU